GAACUGGGGGAAGGAACAUCCCCAAUGUCAUAGGCGCUUGGCUCUUCAACGUACUGUCGGCACACGAACCGUCAAUUACUGAUAUUUACUAUUCAGAAACACCGCCUGGAGUCGUCAUAUGCGGAUUGACGUCAAGCGGGACGCAGCUUCACUCGGUCAGCAGGUAUCAUGAACUCCCUCCCAGGAAAAGCCGCUCUGCACCUGUGCAGACGCUCAGUGGCGGCAGGUGGGAUGCGGGUGGUCUUCACCGGCUCCCCAGCUGCCGGUCCUGCGGCGUCCCUGCAGGCUGUGCGGGUGUGUCACUCCGGCGCAGCUCGGAAGGGGAGUGUGAACACCAAGAAAAGGGGCUACGACAUCACUAGAAACCCCCACCUAAACAAGGGAAUGGCGUUCACCCUGGAAGAGCGCUUGCAGCUGGGCAUCCACGGCCUGUUGCCCCCCUGUUUCCUCUCCCAGGAUGUCCAAGUGCUGCGAGUCAUGAAGAGCUACGAAACACGCUCCAAUCCUCUAGACAAGUACAUCCUCCUGAUGACUCUACAGGACAGAAACGAGAAGUUGUUCUACCGUGUGCUGACUUCUGAUAUAGAGGAGUUCAUGCCCAUCGUGUACACGCCCACCGUGGGUCUGGCCUGUCAGCAGUACGGCCUGGCGUUCCGCAGGCCGCGAGGACUCUUCAUCACCAUCCAUGACCGAGGUCAUAUUGCCACCAUGCUCAACGCCUGGCCCCGGGACGAUAUAAAGGCAAUAGUGGUCACCGAUGGUGAGCGCAUCCUGGGCUUGGGGGAUCUGGGCAGCUAUGGCAUGGGCAUCCCGGUUGGAAAGCUGGCACUCUACACAGCCUGUGGUGGAGUUCACCCGCAGCAGUGCCUCCCUGUGCUGCUGGAUGUGGGCACUGAUAACCAAACGCUGCUGGACGAUCCCUUGUACAUCGGGCUGAAGCACAAAAGAAUAAGAGGGAAGGAGUAUGACGAUCUGAUCGAUGAGUUCAUGCAGGCUGUGACAGACAGGUACGGCAUGAACUGCCUGAUUCAGUUCGAAGACUUUGCCAACAGCAACGCCUUCCGCAUCCUCAACAAGUACAGGAACCGAUACUGUACCUUCAACGACGACAUCCAAGGCACGGCCUCCGUCGCAGUCGCUGGGCUGUUAGCUGCCCUGAAGAUCACCAAGAACACACUGCGGGAUCACACCUUUGUUUUCCAGGGAGCUGGCGAGGCUGCGCUGGGAAUCGCUCACCUGUUGAUGAUGGCCAUGGCAAAGGAAGGAUUGUCGAGAGAAGAGGCUGCCAAGAAGAUCUGGAUGGUGGAUUCCCGAGGACUCAUAGUGAAGGGACGAGGAAACCUGAACCAUGAGAAGGAGGAGUUUGCUCAUGAGCACCCGCAUAUAAAAACUCUGGAGGAGGUGGUUCAGGUCAUCAAACCCACCGCGAUCAUCGGAGUGGCUGCUAUCGGAGGAGCCUUCACUGAGAAGAUCAUCCAGGACAUGGCUUCCUUCAACGAGAGGCCCAUCAUCUUCGCCCUCAGUAACCCCACCAGCAAGGCGGAGUGCACCGCCGAGCAGUGCUACCAGCUGACCCAGGGUCGUGGUAUAUUUGCCUGUGGAAGCCCCUUCGACAAGGUGACUCUGGCAGACGGCCGCACCUUCUAUCCCGGUCAGGGUAACAACGCCUACGUCUUCCCUGGAGUGGCCCUGGGAGUGAUCGCCUGCGGAGUCCGACACAUAUCGGAUGAUGUCUUCCUCACCACGGCUGAGGCGAUAGCUGACAUGGUUACGGAGGAAAACCUGGCGGAGGGAAGACUGUAUCCUCCACUCAACACCAUCAGAGAAGUGUCCUUCAAGAUCGCCGUGAAGCUGGUCAAGUACGCCUACCAACACAACAUCGCCUCUGUGUACCCGGAACCCAAAGACAAGGAGGCCUUUGUCUUGUCUCACAUCUACAGCCCCGACUAUGACUCCUUCACCCUGGACACGUAUAGCUGGCCGCAGGACGCCAUGAACGUCCAGGGUGUCUGAGCAACGUCUGCCUCAUGAAAAAGAAACGUGUGCAAUGUCCCCCCUCAAGCUUGCUAUUUAUCGAAUCGGUGGGUCCAGCUCCAACCACGACCCUAAAACGAUGCACUGAUAUUUUCCCACAGAAAACAAAACAGGAACAUCAAUGAAGUGUGAGGCCCAUCUGGAGACCGUCAAACCAUAUUUUGUUGUGUUUGAUAUUGUACUGUCCUGUACACUAUAUUAUUAGUGGAACACUCCCCGAUAUCGCUCACUACUGAAUGUUGGUUCAGGAGGGAAGCGUGCGCUGACGUCAUACCUUUUGUGUGUAUCUUUGUGUGUUUUUGAAGCUCUUUGCCUUUCAGUUGUGAUCAGCCAAAGUUUUUAUCUAGCAGACCACAAAGCUCCAGUGCAGCAAAUCACGCUUUUUGAAGGGAACAUGUCACUUUUUAAUAAAAUUUGUA